UGGCUGCUGGUGGGGUCGCCAGCUCAGUGAGAGAAGCGGGUGAGAGAGCACGGUGCUGGGGGUGGUUCGGAGCCGGCCGGGCUGCACACGGCCCCACCGGGCGGGAGCGGAGUGUGAGGGGACGGCGGCAGCGGGAGCCGCAGCGCGGGGUGACACUGCAGCGCGAAGGACUAUGGAACCUCUGCAGCCCUGUAAAUUUGGAAGGCUUAAAUCCAGGUUUGGAAGAACCCUUUUCAGUCCAAAUGAUUCGCUGGUUUAAGUGCUUAAUGAGGAUGAUUUUUGAGCAAGUUGGACUUAAUAUGGAAUCAGUACUUUGGUCAAGCAAGCCUUAUGGUUCAUCUCGGAGUAUUGUAAGAAAAAUUGGUACUAACCUCUCUCUAAUACAGUGUCCAAGAGUUCAGUUUCAGCUUACUUCUCAAGCCAUAGAAGGAAAUCAUCCUCAUCAACAUAGAGAAGAUGCAGUGGCUUCCUUUGCAGAUGUCGGAUGGGUUGCUCAAGAGGAAGGUGAAGUCUCUACAAGGCUCAGGUCAGAAGUGUGGUCAAAAACAUCCCAGCCCCAUUCAGGUGAACUACAUCAGCCUGGAAAUUCCCUGGGCAGACAGGACUCUGUUCCAAACCCAUUACAUGAAGAACCAGCACCCAGGAGUGCAGUAAUUGCAAAUGAAGAAGCUCUGCAGAAGAUCAGUGCUCUGGAAAAUGAACUAGCCACUUUAAGAGCACAAAUAGCCAAAAUUGUUAUCUUGCAAGAGCAACAGAAUCUGACAGCAGCUGGGCUAAGCCCUGUUGCCUCAGCUGCUGCCCCUGGUCUGCCGCCACCACCACCGCCGCCACCUCCCCCUCCUCCUCCACCGCUCCCUCCCCCACCUCUGCAGCAAAACCUGUCUGCCAUCGAGCUCAUCAGACAACGGAGAAACAGGAAAACAAACGCUGGCCAGAUUCCGACAGAAAAUGGGCCGAAGAAACCUGAAAUACCAAACAUGCUAGAAAUCCUCAAAGACAUGAACAGUGUGAAACUACGCUCGGUGAAAAAAUCACAGGGAGAUACAAAACCAAAAGCAGUUGACCCCACAGAUCCUGCAGCUUUAAUAGCAGAAGCACUCAGAAAGAAGUUUGCUUACCGAUACCGAGGGGAUAGCCAAAGUGAAACUGAAAAAGUCAUUCCCAAGUCUGAAGCUAAGACAAAGACUGAAGUGGUGCUGUUUGGACCACACAUGCUGAAGUCUACAGGAAAAAUGAAGACUUUAAUUGAAAAUCCUUAAUGUUGUGAGAAAACUGCAUGAAAGACUGUCAAGCUGCUUUGUAUUCAAUCUCCUGUGUUGCUGGUAGCACCGAGUGGUCUCACGCAAAGCAGAAGAAAAAGUGACAUGAAACAUAGAUUUGAGGAACUAAACAUGAAGUUUGAGAUGCAUGUUUGCUUGUGAUUUACCACAAGGAAUAAAUUCGGCCUUAUACUCAGGUAUUAAUUUUGUUUGUAAACCUGGCUUUCUGUGUAGACUUACAUGAUGGUAUUUGUUCGGUAACACUACGUUAUCUCUAUGACAUCCCUCGUGUAUAACUGACUGCCUUAAAACAUUGUGUAUGUGUUAAUGACAGCAACAUUCCCUUAUGUUAAUAACUCAUUUGAGCUCUAAUGGUAACUUGCACUACAGUGUUUACUUUGAUACCAACUUUUUCCAUGUCGGUGUUUCUUUUAAACUUCAUUUUAGCAAACUUUUACCCCCUUCAAGAAAACUGAAUACAUUCCCCUUUAUUGCAAACAGAGAAAAAGCUGAAAUCUGCUGUAGAAGUCACGUGGUGUGAGGUUUUUAGUAGCAGCACAGAGCUGCAGUGAUAAGAUAGCAAUACCUACCAUCCUGUGGCCAACAUACAGAGCGCUGUUGGGGCCCUCAGUGUUGGGAUUGCAGAGAACAUGAACUGAGCAGGAGGUAGCAGCAGACUGAAACCAUUACUGCCAGAGCAGGUGUUAGCAGUGCAGCAUGGUGUAGAUAAAAAGGCAGAAAGUAGCAAGAGGUGCAAGUUGCCAAAAGCAUCUUGCUCCUCUCAGCGGUGCUCAGAGAUUGUUACAGACACCUUUCUAUUCCACCUUUCUAUUCCCAACUGGGUAGGCUUUGUGCUGUUGGGGAUUGCACAAGCCCUCGUGGUCCUCUUUGCGGGUGGCCACGGUUGAAGCUGUUGCACAUGCUGUGUUUUCACGGGAAGUCCUUGGAGAUUUCCCAUUGCAUUUCUUUGCUGCCCAACCUGCACCGAGCUACUCUGCCUUCCAACCCUGGCACCUCUGUCCACAGGUGCACGGGGCUGAAGCCUGUCUGCUACUUGAACAAGUGCCUUUUAGAGCUGCUGUUUUCUAGGAAAAGAGAAACAGCACAUUAGAAGUAAAAACAAGUGAAUGGCUCCUGAUGACAACUGAAGCUUUGCUGCUGCUUGUAACUGGGACGUAUGAUUGUAUGAUCAAGGAGGAUGUUUUCUGGUGUGAAACUUGACAGGAUGUUAGUAUGUACACCAUAUCAAUUCUUUUCAGAAUGCUCUGCCAUUGGUUUUAAUGAUAAGCCAUUAAAUAUUCAUGUUCUUUUAAACGCCUUCACAACACUUUUUCAAAGGUUAAUUUGGGGUGUUUUAUAUUUAAUGCUCGAUUCCCGUUAUAUAAAAUUAAAGGCAUUUAAAAUAA